GGAAUUUGAGAUCAAUAUACUCCUACUUUGCAUUCUCUCUCUCUAAAACUUCUAUUAUUUUAUACUCUCGGUGGUUUAUAGCCAUCAAAUUGGUGCUUUCAUUGAGAGGAGAGGAACAUACUCGUAGGUUAACUCCCGGACGCGAGAAUGGUGCAAACAAGGAGCAACGUCCCUACCACCAGUCACGUCGGUGGCGAAGAGAACGCGCCGGGCAGCGGCAACGGCACGGGAGGCAUCGGCUCGACUCCGGAUGCGGUCCAGGCGCUAUUCGGCCUGGGAGUGACCACAGAGCAGCUUCAGGCGGCCGUUGCGGCACUUUCCGCCAUGGGUGGAAACGUGCCCGGCGCCGGAGCAGGAAAAGCUCCGCCCGGCCCCCACGCCGAGCACGCUGCCACUUCCCAGCACAAGGGGAAGAAGACCAGGAGGAGUAGAAGGAGGCCCUGCAAGGCCCCGGCGAUCGAGGAAGUGAUUGUGGAGGACGUUCCGGAAGGAGAAGAGGAUGAAUCCAGCGAGGGCUGGGUGUCAGCCUUCAGACGCUUGGGAGGCGAAGAGACCCGGGUAUCGGCCUUCGACAGGCUCGACCGCAGACCGGAUGGUCGCAUGGGCGACCUCCGCCGACAAAUAAACGAAAGUAGGCGGAGGCAUGCUAAGAAGUCGACAACAUCGGAUGCCCGCUCGGCGAGGCCCGAGCGGAGCGGAGAGAGGAGGGACGAGGGCACCCAGCGACGCCAUAGUCCGACGAGAACUGAGAAGACGAAAGUCUCUGACCAAGGGGUAUCUCGGCUCGCUCGUGAAAUUGCCGAGCUAAAGCGCCGAGUGGAGACCAGAGCCCCCUACAGCCAGCCUAUCUUGCGGACGGUGACCCCGUUCACUCCGAGGGUCAUGUCGAUUCCACUACCGGCAAACUUUCGGCCGUGGCAGAUCAAGACCUACAACGGAACGACGGACCCCCAAGAUCAUUUGUCCAAGUUCUACGCUUCUAUGGAAGCGGCGGCAGCCCCGGACGAGGUCAAGUGCCGAUGCUUUCUCGCGACGCUGGAGGGCUCCGCGUGCGAUUGGUUCAACCGGCUCCCGAAGGGAACCAUUGACGAUUGGGAUACGCUGGCGGAGAAGUUCUUGACGCAUUUCGCGGCUAAUCGAAGGCAGAGGCUACCUUACUCCCACCUGCUCAACAUAUGCAUCCGCAAGGGAGAAAAGGUCCGCGACUUCAUAGUCCGGUGGGAGAAGGAAGCCAGAGACGUGUAUGGGGCGGAUGACCAAGCGUUGGUUGCCAUGUUCCAAGCAGCCCUUCCCCACGGAGAGGUGAGGAAGGAGCUCCGCAAGAACCCUCCCCCCACGUACCAAGAGACCUUGGCGCGCGUGAAGUUCUUAGCCUCGGAGGAGUUCGACGACGUCCUAGACUCCGAGGCCGCGCCGGCUAAGCGAGCUCCAGUGGACUCGGGAGAGACUGCGAAGAAGAGGAAGAAGAAGAAAGACUAUACCGCGGGCCCGAGGACGCCCUCGGCCGGAGUGUACUCCGUGGGCGCCCCCGUGGGGACGGGUCGAGAGCUUGCCCUCUCCCCGCUCCCUCACGUAGAGGCUUACGCGGUGGCUAGCGGAGCCAAGUAUUGCGAGUACCAUCGCAACAACACUCAUAACACUAAGGAGUGCUUCACUCUUCAGAAGGAAAUGCAGCGACUCAUCGCCCGAGGGCCACCUCCGCGAGACGAUGCCGUUACCCCCUCCCGGGGGCCGCCGGAAGGAAGAACUUGGAGGAAGCCGACUGAGCCAGUCGCAGUGGCGACACAGGCAAGGAACCCCGAGAAGAGGCACAUCGGGCGGGAGUGCGACGAUCUAGACGAGGACGAAGCCCAAGGAUAUCCGGUGGGAUUUAUCCAUGGGGGAAACAUUGGCGGGGACUCCGUCGCUCAAAGGAAGAGGUGGAAGCACAUGGCUUUUGUCGCCAAGGUCCAUCAAGCGCCGGUGCCCAAGCUCGGAAGACGAGAGCAGAUCCAAUUCACGGAGAAGGAUCUUCCGAACACGCCAAGCCCCCACCGGGAUGCCUUAGUCGUGAAGAUGGAGAUUAACAAUGCCAUAGCUCACCGCACCUUGGUGGACACGGGAAGCUCAGUUAACAUAAUGUAUGAGAAGACUUUCCAAGACCUCGGCUUGGAUCGCAAGGACUUGAAGCCCGUGCGCACUCCCCUCUCCGGGUUCACGGGGGACUCCAUCGAGGCCGAAGGAGUCAUCACCGUGCCUGCAAUAAUAGGGGAUGGUGCGCACAAGGCCAGGUUGAAGAUGGAGUUCAUGGUUGUGAGCAUCAAUUGCGCGCACAACAUGAUCCUGGGACGGCCCGGCCUUGAGGACUUGGAAUGUGUGAUCUCCCCGUACUACUUGUGCAUGAAGUUCCCCACCCCGUCCGGGAUCGGGGUGGCGAGGGGAGACCAGAGGUUAGCCCGGUCGUGCUACGUCCGGAUCACAAAGAAGUUGCCAAGAGAUGAGACACUGGUCGUGAACGCGCAGGAGGAAAUGCGCAAGAUGGAAGCACGACCGAAGGCCGAGCCCGCCGAGGAAGUCGAGGAAGUACCGCUCGACCCGCGGGCACCCGAGCGGAGGGUUAAAAUUGGGGCGAGCCUAACGAGGAGCCAGCGGAAACGCCUGGUGGACGUGCUCGCCACCUACCGUGUGAUCUUCGCGUGGGGGCCAGAAGACAUGCCGGGUGUGGACCCCAAGAUCAUAUGUCACCGCCUAGCAGUCAAUCCGGAGUCUAGGCCGGUAAGGCAGAAGAAGCGUUUCCUCUCGUCCGAGCGGAGGGAGUUUGUCUCCAAGGAAGUCGCCACCCUCCAGAGCAUCGGGCAUAUCAGAGAAGUCAACUGGUAGACGAGACGGCGGGUUGCGAGCUCAUGAGU